UCUGCCUCAGGCUGCCACUACCAGGGGUUGAAGUGUCCACCACUUGUCGAGAUCGCAUCCUUCUCUUUCGCAAACAUCGCAGACUACUCUGUACAAGUGCCUAUCUACCAUAGAGUAAAUUCUCAACAUGGAGACCGUCCCCUUCACGCUCGACCUCCCAACAUGCCUGUGCACGGCAUUCGCACUGUCCAUGAUGCCAAUUGCUUACUUCUUCAGCACGGCCUUGAUCCCCUCCACCCAAAAGCGCAACCGCUUCCUCUUCUUCUGGCACGCCUACGACGCCCUCACCCACCUCUUCGUUGAAGGCUCCUUCCUCUACGAAUGUUUCACCAGCUACGUCUCUGUCCCCGCUGGCCUUAACCGUGAACCCUUCUUCCUCGGCCAGAAGGACCGCGUCUACGGCGCUGCAUAUGGUACUGGUCCCAGCGCACGCUUGUGGCAGGAAUACGCAAAGGCGGAUUUCCGCUGGGCGACCGCGGACGCUAAUGUGAUUGCGCUGGAGCUUCUGACGGUGUUCCUGGGCGGACCGGCUGCUAUUUACAUUUGUUAUCUGUUGUGGAAGUCGUCGAGUAGCCGAACCACGGUUUCGUCGCAUGGUGCGGCUAAGGCAAAGCUGUGGCUUGUUGCGCCGGCGUUGGCGACUGCUGAGUUGUAUGGGGGCUGGAUGACGUUUGCGCCGGAGUGGCUUACGGGCAGCUCGCAGUUGGAGACUGGGAAUGCGGUUUACUUGUGGUUUUAUUUGUUCUUCUUCAACACUCUGUGGGUGUGGAUUCCGGGUUGGAUUUUGUGGGAAUCUGCUAAGGAGCUUCGCGCUGCGUUUGUGACGGCUGAGAGUGACGAGCGCAAGAGCCAGUAAUGAUAGAACGAGAUACGGGAUACCUGGACAUAACUUGGACAUAAUUGGGAAAAGUAUUGAGGACGUAUCUUGUGUUGAAUGGAGAUAUCGUCAUGUGUGACUUCACUCAGCCAUCCCGCGAUAUCUCCAUGCGACGCGACCAGGGUAAUGACGAAU